CUCCGCAGCAGCAGCAGCACCGGGGCGUCGAGACGGCGGAGUGCACAGUGACAGGGCGUGUUGUCAUUUACAUGAUUAAAACACUAAACCGGGAGGAAUACACACACGGAUCGAUAGAAACAUAUCUUAAAUACACAGUCCGUCAUGGAAUCCUAUGACAUUUUAGCUAACCAGCCUGUUGUGAUUGAUAAUGGUUCGGGGGUUAUCAAGGCUGGUUUUGCAGGCGACCAGAUCCCCAAAUACUGUUUCCCUAACUAUGUGGGGCGUCCCAAGCAUGUGCGUGUGAUGGCAGGGGCCCUGGAGGGAGACCUCUUUAUCGGACCCAAGGCAGAAGAGCACAGGGGUUUGUUGUCGGUUCGGUAUCCGAUGGAGCACGGGAUAGUGAAGGACUGGAAUGACAUGGAGAGGAUCUGGCAGUACGUUUAUUCCAAGGAGCAACUGCAGACUUUCUCCGAGGAGCAUCCUGUGCUGCUCACUGAAGCUCCCCUCAACCCCAGCAAGAACAGGGAGAAGGCUGCGGAAGUUUUCUUUGAGACCUUCAACGUUCCUGCUCUCUUCAUCUCCAUGCAGGCUGUCCUUAGCUUGUACGCCACAGGUCGUACCACUGGUGUUGUGUUGGAUUCAGGGGAUGGUGUCACCCACGUGGUGCCAAUCUACGAGGGCUUUGCCAUCCCACACUCCAUCAUGCGCGUGGACAUUGCUGGGCGAGACGUCUCGCGGUAUCUCCGUCUGCUGCUGCGCAAGGAAGGCUACAACUUCAACACCUCCGCAGAGUUCGAGGUUGUUCGCACCGUCAAAGAGAGAGCCUGUUAUCUAUCUCUCAACCCGCAAAAGGACGAGACUUUAGAGACAGAGAAGGCUCAGUAUGUUCUCCCUGAUGGAAGCACUUUAAACAUCGGCCCGGCCAGGUUCCGCGCUCCAGAGCUGCUGUUCAGACCCGACCUGAUAGGAGAUGAAAGCUCGGGGAUCCACGAGGUCCUGGCUUAUGCUAUCCAGAAGUCUGACAUGGACCUCAGACGCACACUGUUCUCCACUAUAGUAUUGUGUGGGGGAUCGACAUUGAUCAAAGGCUUUGGGGAAAGACUACUAACUGAAGUCAAGAAGCUCGCACCCAAAGACGUGAAGAUCAAGAUUUCUGCUCCCCAGGAGAGGCUGUACUCCACAUGGAUUGGCGGCUCUAUCCUGGCAUCGUUGGACACCUUUAAAAAGAUGUGGGUGUCGAAGCGGGAAUACGAAGAAGACAGAGCACGUGCCAUCCACAGGAAGACCUUCUAGUUAGGGGCCGGCGCCUUGCGAUUGCCCCCAGAACUGCCCUCAAAUCUCCCCCAUCAUACUGUCGGAGACUCCCGUACUCCUGCACCAUCUCCGGGUACCUCUGCGUCGUCCUUUAUAAACCACUGUCAGUCUCCUGCUUUACCCCUCCACUCAGAGAAACGCACACGUUUAUGUGUGGUCGUUUCUAUAUUUACCUCCUUUUUUCCAUUCGCCUCCUUUUCCCCGACUUCCUCCUGCUGUAGGGUGACGGUGAGAGCCCCCGCCUCCCUCCAAACAUCCCAAACAUUCACAUACAGAGGGCCGUCAGGGUAUCUGGGAGGAUUAGCACUGUGGACUCUUACUACAGGCCAUGCUAUACUAUCAUUUAGUCCACAUUGAAGUAUUGGAAUGCUCUCUUGCCUACAAAGCCCUGCAAGGUUUAGAAUAUCAUGAAAUGUCAAUAAACAUGAAUGUUUUUUGUUUUUGUUUUUUUGCUACCGUUGAAAUUUCCAUUCCAAACCGAAGAUUUAGGUUUUUACUUGAUGUCCAUUUUGUAGACUUUUUCUGUUUCUGGCUCGUAAAGAACAAAGGAUUGAAGUACUAUAGACGUGUAUAGUGCAAGUGUCAGUGAGCAGGCAGAAGGUAAAGAUAACCACUGUAUUAUAAAUCUGACCUUAAGUGCACAGUUACCACCUGGGAGCAAAGUUGAAGCGGUUAAUUUAUCACCCAACUGAUUAAACUGAAGUAGCUUUUUAUGUCCUUAUAACCAAUGAAAUGUUUCUACAUGAACAUGACAUCCCGUGUUUGUGUUGAUGAGGAAAAUGUUCAGUACAGUCGGCGUUUUGUCUCAGCUGACAGGAUUAAAACAAAGUGUAGAAAAAUGCCUUGAUAUUUUUAUUAUUAUUAUUAUUAUUUUGGGGGAAGUUCAUCAUGGGUUCCGUGUUAACAGCGACUUAGAAGUGUAGUAUUUUUCAGCCCGGGGUCUUAUUCUCAUAAUCAAGAACACACACACACACUUUCAAUAACUCUCUGAUUUCAUUUUGGGGAGGUGAAACGGCCUCCAGCGCAGCAAUAUUGAUCAGAGCCACAGCUGGAAUCACUCUCAUGUGUCUCGACUUUACAAGUCUGGCAUCAAGUCCAAAUCAUUUCCUCAUCAGCGCUGAAACAUACUCCUCAUCUUUGAUUCUGGUUCAAAUAAACAUUGUCGCCCGUCAAAGUGAAACGACUCGCAAUCAUCCUUGAAAAAUGCCUGUUAUAGUUUCCCAGAAGCCACAAUGACAUCUUAAAAUCUUUGUUUAAUACGACCAACAGUCUUAAACAGAAAUAUAAUUAAUUUACGGUCAUAUUUGACCAAAAAAAGCAUCAAAUCCUCUCAUUUGAGAAGCUAAAACCAGUGAAUGUUUGGCCUUUUUGCUUGAAAACGGACUGAAACUUUUACCAAAGAGUAUCAGACGUUGCGGAUUAAUUUCCUGUCAAUCAACUUGCAUCAGCUUUAGUCUUUUGCUAUGACCUUUUCUAGCGUGCACACACAUCUAAACAUACCUGCGUGCAGCUUGUUUGGUCAGAGGGGCUAAUUUCUGUGUUUACUUUUGUUUAGACUGAAAGUGUUUUAUUAUUUCUGUAAAACUGAAGUAUAUUUAGAAAGCUUCCGCUUGUGCCCUGAUUUUUCUAGAGCUUCUCAGAGGAGAUGAGUGUAAAGUCAUUAUGACCCCACUGUAAAUUAUAAAAAAUGUCCUUUAAAUGCUUUUGUUUUAAGUGUAAUAUUACGCUGAUAUAAAAAUAGCAGUCAGAGUUUCCCCCACCUGUGUUAGAAGCUCUUUACUCAGAUGCAUGUCAGUUAAUCUUGUACAGUUAAAGAUCUCCACAGAGACAUGAAGCCAGGCUCUGGAGUCGGGACGGUUAAACACUUAAAAGGCCACAAAACGACGAGUGAUCAGUUUAUAAUGUAUUUUCCUCCUCCUCCCCACCUUGCCCUCCAUCUCUAUGUACUUGUAAAAGUCUGGGUGUUCUGAUUUCCCUGCAUCUGAAUGGCAGUGAAGGGGUCGUGUCCACACCUGUGUCCGCCUUACUCCGGUGCGUCUGCGCCGGAGCGUCCACGUCGUCUGCUUUUGGGUGUUUUUAAAAAAGAUUACAGGAAAAAAAAGAAGAGGUUGUGAAAUGUCGUCAGCCUUGUGUACAGUGGAACAAAAACAACCACAACAACAGGAUAACAGACUAAAAAUGUACAAUACUGUUUAUUCAAGUGUUUGCUUUUACUAUUCGUAAAUUCAGUAUAAUAAAUAAGUUAAUGGCUGCUGC